AUGACGGGCACAGCUGUGGCACAGACCGGGCGACGGCAGGCGGUGCAGACGACGUGGCAGUUGCGUGUAGGAAAGAGCAGGCGAAGGAGGGGGGGAGGACGGAGGGGGGAGGAAGAGGGGGACGAGGAGGACAGGCGGGGAGAUGCAUCUGGACAGGCGAGGAAUCGGCUCGGAGGGAAGACAAGGGCGAGGGAGGCAGACAUCCGCUGGGCCACAGUUCCCCGUAAGGAGAUCGGCCCUGUUAUCUCUCUUAUCGCCUCCGCCGUCCUCUCCAUCCCUCCUGCCCACGCCUGGGCCACGCAGCUGCUGGCACCCAGCCAGCACGACAGCUUGUCCGUAAGGAGCUCAGCUUCCACACGGACACAGCGGCGAACAUCCGCACCCAUUCAAAACUGCUACUCGCGCACACGAGGCCCGCAGCGCUCGCCGGCGCAUCCUCUCUCUUCCAGCUCUUCUCCCCACGGCUCUCCGCAGGAGCACUUUCAUGUCGCCCUGACGGCAGCGGAGCACUCUAGUGUUAUUCGGGAUACAGAUAUCACGCAGAUGUCGACUCCAAUUGACAAUGCCCUGGCAAAAGGCAAGUCCGCCAUUUGUCCUACCAGGCCGUGUCAGCACACGCCCAACUCCCACUGGACCCAUACGCACGGGUCGUUGCCGCGAAGCUCCAGAUGUCAGGUGGAGAAGUCGUCCCUCAAGGGUAUUUCCGCCGUCAGUCCUCGCUCAGAGGGCCGCUCGUGUAGGACCGUCCCCCAUCGUCCAGGCAAUGCGCGGAGCCUCUCUUCCCGUCCAUCCCCGCCGGACUCCCCUUCAUUUAGUCCAGUUGCCAUGGUGCAUACAGCUCUCCCCACCCCCUGA